AAUAUAGGCUCUUAUUAGCGGUGAGCUGGACGCUAGCAUAGGCUAUACAUUGAUAUAAGAUAGGCAUCGAAGGAAAUAAGGAAGUAAGCAGACAAGGAGGCACAGAGAAAGCUGUGUGAGUGUUGGAAUGAGACACCGCUUUGUUCAACAGUAGGGGAGGGCAGACGGGCACAGUUGCUUUUUCCUCCUAGAAGGGUUAAAUACAAUUUAUCGGGCGGGCUGUAACGCUACUGUUUUAUCUUUGUCUAGUAGUUUUGUAAGGUAUCGUACAAAUAUUUAUCUAUUCCGGACUCAAACGAUUUCCAUCAAGGGAUGUCAAAGCGUGUACGAAGCAGAGAGGUCUGCGCUGAUUGCAGUGCUCCGGAGCCACGCUGGGCCUCUGUUAACAGGGGUGUGUUGAUCUGUGAUGAGUGCUGCAGCAUCCAUCGAGGUCUGGGGCGACACAGCUCUCAGGUCCGACAUCUGACUCAUUCUCCAUGGCCACCGUCCCAGUUGCAGAUGGUUCAGACACUGUAUGGCAAUGGAGCUAAUUCAAUAUGGGAACAUAGUCUCCUGGACCCUUCCUCUUCAGUGAGUGGGAAGCGCAAAGCAAACCCCCAGGACAGAGUCCAUCCCAACAAGACAGAGUUCAUCAAGGCCAAAUAUCAAAUGUUGGCUUAUGUCCAUCGGAUGCCUUGCCGGGAGGAUGACAGUGUAACAACAAAAGACCUCAGCAAGCAACUCCAUUCCAGUGUUCGGACUGGAAACCUGGAGACCUGCCUUAGACUCCUAUCUUUGGGAGCACAGGCCAACUUCUUCCAUCCAGAAAAGGGAAACACCCCACUACACAUAGCAGCAAAAGCAGGUCAGAUGUUACAGGCAGAACUGUUGGCAGUUUAUGGAGCUGAUCCUGGAGCUCUGGACUCCAGUGGAAAGACCCCCAUUGACUAUGCAAGACAAGCUGGGCACCAGGAGCUGGCAGAGAGGCUCGUGGAGAUCCAGUAUGAACUCACUGAUCGAUUAACAUUUUACCUUUGCGGCAGAAGACCAGACCACAGAAAUGGGCAACACUUCAUCAUUCCACAGAUGGCAGACAGAAAUAACAGUCUAGAUUUGUCAGAGUUUGCAAAGGCUGCAAAGAAGAAACUGCAGUCGCUAAGUAACCAUCAGUUUGAGGAACUUGCCAUGGAUGUUUAUGAUGAAGUUGACAGAAGAGAAACGGAUGCAGUGUGGUUGGCAACUCAAAACCACAGCACACUUGUAACCGACACAACAGUUGUGCCAUUUCUGCCAGUCAAUCCAGAGUACUCAUCUACCAGAAACCAGGGUCGUCAGAAAUUAGCUAGGUUUAGUGCUCAUGAAUUUGCCACCCUUGUCAUUGAUAUUUUAACUGAUGCUAAACGACGGCAGUGGGGCAAUUCCUGCGAGAGUCCCAAAGAAAACGUGGAGCUGAUCCUUCAGGGAAUAGACAGUCACCAUAACAGCGAGAGCCAGGACAAUGACCAGCCAGAUUAUGACAGUGUAGCAUCAGAUGAAGAUCCGGUACAAGAGGCCACCCGUGGGGACAGCUGCAAUGACGGAAGGACCAAGAUUAAUAGCUCAGAGUCAUCUGACCUCUCUGAUGGACCAAUCACGGUGCAGGAAUUUAUGGAGGUGAAGAGCGCCCUUACUGCAUCAGAAGCCAAAAUCCAGCAGCUUCUCAAAGUCAACUGUCACCUGAGUGAAGAGCUGCGGUUGAUGCAAACUAAGCUGAACUCCCUGCAGACUGAAAACACAACACUGCGAUGGCAGACCCCCACCGGACAACAACAGCAGGGGCCCUUUGGCCGACACCGACCCCGUGGAGGUCGUGCCAUGUCCAUGUAUGAGACAGGUUCUUCUGCAAAGCAGUACCCCCACCGAGUUGAAACGGCUCGGCAUGAGGACGGAGUCAUUUUACAACCCUUCCCAACUAAUAUUGGGAGAGGUCCUUUGGGGACGGCUGCUUCCUCUCUCCCUACCUUCCCCUCUUCCCUGUCCUGGUCGUGGGAUGAGAGAUCUCGAAGGGGCUGCAGUCUGGAAGGACAGGGUAUCAUGCUGGAGAAUGAUUACGACACUACACCCAACCACUCGGAAAUGGAGGAGGCUGGCCCACUUCCUGCAUCUGACACUGUGGAUCCAGAGGAGGAGGGUGAGGAAGAUGCCACCCUGCCAUGCACAGAGGACGUCAUCUGUAAGACAGAGCAGAUUACUAAGAACAUACAGGAACUUCUGAGAGCGGCCCAGGAGACCAAACACGAAAGCUUUCUGCCUUGCUCUGAAAAGAUCUGCAUGGCUGUGACAGAGAUGGCCACCCUGUUUCCCAAGAGGCCAUCCUCAGAGACUGUGCGAGGGUCUCUGUGCCUGCUCACUUCGAGUGCGAGCCGAUUGCACGGAGAGUGCCAGAAGGCCGUGGAGCAUAACCCCUGUCCGUCAGACAUCCAGCUGGUCACUCAGCAGGUCAUCCAGUGCGCCUAUGACAUCGCCAAAGCUGCCAAGCAACUUGUCACUGUGACAACCAAAGAAAACAACAACUAACUAAAACCCAAAGACAGUUGUGAAAAUAUCAUAUUAUUCAGUGUUAUCACUAGUUUUUAUUUUCCCAUAUUAAUCGGUGUAUGCAUUUACAUACCUUCUUUUAGAUGGGAAAAUAUAUAUUUAAAAAAGAUAUACCAUGUAAAAAAAAA